CCUCAUUCCCGCCCCCCUCCCCAUUUUCCCUGUGUAGCCUCUGGUCCAUUCUUGGUUGUCGUGUUCAAAAAAAUAAAUCCAAAUUAACAGCAAUGGGAAUCAAUCUCGGCGACACCUUCCCAAAUUUUGAAGCUGACACAACUGCGGGAAGGAUAAAAUUCCACGAUUGGCUGGGAGACUCAUGGGGCCUCCUGUGCUCCCACCCAGCAGACUACACCCCUGUCUGCACCACAGAGCUAGGACGCAUGGCAAAGAUGGCUCCGGAAUUUCAGAAACGCAACGUGAAAAUUAUAGCUCUCUCAAUUGACAGUGUUCAGGAUCACCAUGGAUGGACUAAGGAUAUCAAUGCAUAUAUUGGAGAAUCGACUGUUCAAAACCUGCCAUUCCCCAUCAUUGCUGAUGAAAAGAGAGAACUGGCCGUGCAACUGGGAAUGCUCGAUCCUGCGGAACGGAACAAGGAGGGCCUACCACUGACUGCUCGUGCUGUGUUUGUUAUUGGCCCUGACAAGACACUGAAGCUGUCCAUCCUGUACCCAGCCACCACUGGGAGGAACUUUGAUGAAAUCCUAAGAGUUGUUGAUUCCCUGCAGUUGACAGCUCGCAAGAAGGUGGCCACACCAGUGGACUGGAAGGCUGGUGGGGAUUGCAUGGUCCUUCCCAAUAUUCCUGAAGAGGAGGCAAACAAGCUCUUCCCAAAGGGAGUUCGCACUGAGAAGCUCCCAUCCUCCAGAAAUUACCUACGCUUCACCCCUCAACCCUGAAUCAUGUCAGCAGACUCUUCACGUCUACACAAAUUGCAACACUACUUCUACUUCACGUCUGUCCUUGAUCCAAGGGUUACCAAGCAGGGACAAAUGGGGGAACUGCAUUCUAAAGCAAUUGCCUUUCUUUACGAUGAGUUUUCUCAAUGUAACCUUUCUAUAAUAAAAUAGUUUAAUUUGA